UGUACGGUCACUUUUCCGGACUUCAAGCUUCGUGCGCUGCGUUCCGUUCGUGCAUGUCAUGACUGCCACAAAUACUGAGAAGUUCACCAUGAAAAUUCGAAAGCUCGUUGUCUUUAGCUUGAGGAACUUUGUUGACAUGCCAAUCAGUGCUAGAAUCUCUCUGGAAGCUUACCUGGGUGAUACACAUGUUAUCAUGCCAUCAUCUUUCAAGCUGUGCAAGCAACAUGGGAGGAUGGUGAUCGAGAAGACCAAUUUCAGCGAGUUCAUCUCAGCCACUUCAUAUGCAAAUGACAAUGUUGUGCUCAUCACCUUCAAUGAGUCAACUUAUGACUGUUCAAUUUCAAUUGUCUUUCAGCGGCUUCUCUAGAUGAAAACAAUGAUACAAGUUUAUUUUGGGAAAGAAGUGGCUGUACUCGGUUCUUUCGUUUGCAGGCUAUAACUUUGUGGUGGCUUAUAUGUUGGAUUGUGUUACCUUUUGGAUGUAUGCAGUAGAUACUUUAAGCUAUCCGUAGUUAAGUUGAAUACUGAUGAAAAGUUUGGGUGGUUAACCUGUAGUUUAAGUUGAGGUCUGAAGAAAAGUAUGCUUAUCGU